AUGAUAUCUGCCCAGCCAUCCAGAGAUGUAAAUUAUAUUCGAAAAGAGAACUCGAGCCAUAUCCCUUCGAUAUCCAUUGAUCCUCCUCGUCGGCUUUCCAUCUCAUCCCCACUUCGGUUUACUCGCACAUUCUCAGAAGAUUCACUUGAUUCCAUCGAAAAAACAGGAAGAAAAGAAUUGCUGAGGAGAAAAAUGCUUUCAAGUCAGGAAACAGCCAUGAAUCUUCUGCCUUCACCAAAUGGAUGUCCAUUGUUACGUGAAAUGGGACGAUCACGUACAGAACCGACGGAUUCAUCAGAUAACUUGAGGAUUCCACCAAUGCUUAAAAGAUCAACGGGUGAUCUUACCAGAGAACAUACUUCAAAACGUACAUUGGGGGAAGUAAUAGGUUUAACGCUCUAUCAGCACAAGCUUAUAACUCAAGCUUGGCCAAAUAUAUAUAGCACGGGAUGUAAUGGCCAAUUUGCAAGUAAUAUUUACGAUUUUUUGUGUAGAAAAUGUCCGAAAGCUCGAAUUUUGUUCAAAAAGGCUAAUACGGUAGCCAGUUUUGCUCAAACAGAUGAUUGUUAUGCCUUACAUGCUAAGGUAACUGUAGAAUUAAUAGAUGCAGCAAUACGAGGAUUAGAUACGGAACAUGUCAAAUUCACUUCAUAUGUAUAUGAGAUAGGAAAAUCUCAUCGGCAUUUACGUGCUGAGGGUCUAACCACCGGUAUGUGGGAUGAGUUAGGUGAUGCUAUAAUUGAAGCUUUACGACGUUAUGAGAGCGUUAGAAAACACAAGGAGUUACGCAGAGCAUGGCUUGCACUCAUUGCCUACAUCACAGAUAACAUGAAACAGGGUCAAACUGUUCUUCGAGCAUCGUCAAGUUAUGAAAUUUGUGACUAUGGUAGCCCCAAGAAGGUGUGA